CAAAAUUAAAAUAUUUUCUGAUUUCAGGUGAUUGAUGACCCAUGUCCAGAGGAAAAUUAUUUGACACCAAAUGUCUCUCAAGAAGAGCGGCGGGAACCGAAUCAACCUACACCGUUGACUGGAAUUUCACGACCUGGGCCCAGUAACAAAAGGAAGUCCAAUGAUGAUACAUCAACUGAAAUAUUGUCCACUGUUCGUGAUUAUUUCAAACGACCGCAACCACAAAUCGACUGUUGCGAGCUCUUGGGAAGAACAGUAACUAUGAAAAAUGAGGGGCAUUAAAGAUAAACGCCUGCACAUCAUGUUCGAAAAAAAAAUUAAUGACUUAGUAUUUGAAGCAGAAAUGUGCGCUCUGAACUACCCAAAUUCCACUUUAGCAAGUCCAGAAGAUUACACACCAGUUCCCACACCAACUCCACAACAUUACACACCAGUUCCCACACCAACUCCACAACAUUAUACACCAGUUCCCACACCAACUCCACAACAUUAUACACCAGUUCUCACACCAACUCCACAACAUUAUACACCAGUUCCCACACCAAGUCCACAACAUCACACACCAGCUCCCACACCAAGUCCACAACAUCACACACCAGCUCCCACACCAAGUCCGCAACAUCACACACCAUUCAUGCAACAAGAACAAAACACAACUUUUCACAACAAUACAGAAACGGCAGCAACGUUUCUUUCAAAUUUCACUGCAACAUUUGAAUGAGUGAAUAUGAAAAUAAAAAGUUUGUUUAAGUAUAUUAAAAGUUGACGUUAUAUUUUUCCUUCUUUAUUAUUUAUUGAAAAGUGUCUUACUUUU